CUAUCUAAUCUAUAUCACGUAUUAUAUAGGCAAGGUGUAAACAAGAUGUCAAGAAGAAAUAAUAGAUUACCAACCAGUGAAAUGUAUCAAAUGUUCGAAGAAAUAUAUCGAAAUGUUCGAAAAAUGUUAUGAAGUUCUUCUACGCAACUGUAAAAUAUUCUAAUUACAACAUGUUUCAAAAUAUGAGACGAUUUCCAUGUUCUGAAAACGAUUAAAUAAUCACGACGUAUUAUUGAUGUAAAUUGACGAGGAGAAAUAAACAGUUUGGUGAUGUAUCGUUGCGUGAAUUGUGGAUCUGAAAUGGAAGAACUUUAUGGAAGAUACUAUAUAAAUGUUUUAAAGCUUUUAAAAUGUGAUGCAUGCGACGAGUUGGCUGACAAGUACAUCGAGUACGACCCUGUAACAAUACUAGUUGAUUUAAUAUUACUUGAAAGAAAAGCCUACAGACAUUUGCUUUACAAUUGCGAUUUGAAGUCUUGCUGGAAACUUGUUAUAAUUAUCUGGCUUGUUGAAUCUUUUCGAAAUAUUUCUUUAUGCGAUACCACGAAGGGCAACACCGAAAUUUCCAAGACAUUCCAACCUACUUUCGAUGGGCGAUGUAAUUUCUAUUUAGUCCUAUUUCAGACUGCUUUCUCUCUCGGUGCUUUCAUCAUAGUCGUGAUUCUUCUUACCAAAAUCAAAUGGUAUUUUUUUCCAAAGAAAUCUAAUAAGAAUAGUACAACGCACCUGUGGAAGGCUUUGGUAAUAGGUGGAUCCUGCAAAUUGUUAGGAUUAUUGGAAAUAACAUGGGGACAUAUUUUUCCGGCACCUCAUUAUUUUCUCAUUUUGGGAUACACACUUCUUUGCUUAAUGACUACUUAUUCAGUGGUAUCGGACAGUGGGAAACUGGAAUCCUCGAUCAUUUUGGGGAUAGCCAUUCUAGUUUACAAUUAUGCGUCUAAUUUUCCCACCGUAAUAUUCGGAACUUUAGAAAUAGCCUAGUAACUAAAUCUCAUUCUUUAUAAUGUCGCUCAGUUUAAAAUACUAUGUAAAUAAAAUGUUUGAUUAUAUUAAAUAUUUCUAUUUGUA